AUUCACAGCACUCCACAUCAGCACUUUGUGCUGUGCAGACCCUGAGCAGGGAGUGUGUGGGGGGGCCCUGAUAGUCGGGGGGUCAAGAGCUAUUGAGCCUCUGGCAAAACUACCCAAAGGAGGACCAGAGACACCAACCCUUAUUCUUGCUGCUGGAGGCUCCGUGGAGUGGCCUGUGUAUGUGUGCCUAAGAAAAACCCACGAACAGCAUGCCUCUUGCAGGAACCCCAGCUCCCCACAAGAAGAGAAAACCUACUAAACUCAUUUUAGAACUAACCCAAGAAGCCAUGCCACAAGAAGGGUCCAAGCUGAACCUGGGGAAGAAGAUCAGCAUCCCCAGGGAUGUGAUGCUAGAAGAACUCUCUCUCCUCACCAACAGAGGAUCCAAGAUGUUUAAACUCCGCCAGAUGAGGGUAGAGAAAUUCAUAUAUGAGAACAACCCAGAUGUUUUCACUGACAAUUCUGUGGAUCAUUUCCAGAGAUUCAUCCCAUCUGGGGGACACUAUGGAGUUGAUUCUCACGGUUAUUCACAGAGUGGUGGGAGGAUGGUGAGUGGUGUAACAGUAGGACCAUAUGGAUCCAUUAAACUACAGUAUCCCCCUCCCCCUCCUCCAAAGCCUGGGAGCAAAGGUGGAGCUGGAUCUGGAGCUGGAGGAACUGGAACUGGCCACACUGAGGGAUCUGCCAACACAGGAGGUGGAGUGGACAGUGGAGGAAGUAAGACCACUGGUGGACAAGGUGACAACAAAAGUGGGAAUGGGAAACAUGUUUCCAUUUUUAAGACCUACAUCUCUCCAUGGGAAAGAGCUCUGGGCCUUACACCACAAGAGAAAAGUAGUUACAAAAUUGACCUCUUGGCUUAUGGCACUAAAGCAGAACUAAGCCAUUACAAAUCUUUCAACAGGACUGCAGUGCCUUAUGGGGGAUAUGAGAAGGCAGUCAAGCUGAUGACCUUCCAAAUGCCUGAAUUUGAUGCUGGCCCUUUGGUACCUGAACCAGUCAUUCUAUAUAAUCAAGAAGGUGCCAACAGACCGUCUUUCAACAGGACCCCAGUACCCUGGCUGGGAUCAGGAGAGCCUAAUGAAUACACCAUUGAGGUCAAUGUGCCAAUGACCGGUGAAACAGAAGAAUUAUAGAAACUCUCCCCCUCCUUUUCCAUCAUAGCUGUCCACUUGCAAGUCUGUUACAAGAAGCUGGGGGAAAAUUCAGCAAUACUUUGUACUUAUCCUUUUAAAACAGUCAAAGUCCCACUAGGUUCUAAUAUAUCUUUGCUGUGGUAUGUUUCCAUAUCAGAGGUAGAAGAAGGAAAGCACUGGCGUAAGGUAGAGAGAAUGAGGGAGGGAAGAAGAGAAUGAAAAAAUGAGAAAGGAAGAGAUAAAUGGCUUAUGUGUUCACCCUCCAAGACAACUACAAAGAAGAGAGCUGUAGGAUGUUUAAAGAUAACUAAAUGCUGCCUGCCUGCUCUGUACUGAGUCUGACCUUGUCCUGUUGUUGGCAAAAACAAAUAAAGCAUCAAAAAAGAAUGAA